AUGGGAUUUUUGAGUGGCGUGCUUGGUGCGGUGAAAGAUGAUCCAAGCGUUAAGACAUACACUUUGAUAACUGAACUUGACCUUAAUAAAAUUUUAGAUAAUAUGCAUAAUGGUGUUUAUGGAUUUGGUGUUUGCAUAGACCAUGUGAUGCGUGUACUUCAUGACUAUGUUGCCGAGUUGAAUAAGCGGACUGAGGCAGUUAAUUCUAAAUUAGCAACCUUGAGAGACGAUAAAAUAAGCGCAAAAAUAACAGAAAUAGAUGCCACUCAAAACCUAGAAAAACAGUUGCAGCGCUGGCAGUCGACUGUUGACGGUAUAUCAUCAACGGUCACUGAAAUUGAAAACGAUGUUGAUACCUUAGACAUCGCAUUAAAAAUGAAAAUAACACGCGAAAUGAAUCAGAUUGCAGGGGCAGUACAUGUUUUAAAAAAUACUGCAUUCGGCGCAAAAUUUGCGGAGCAGGCAAAGAGGGUGGACGAUGAGUUACGUAAGCAAAAGAAACGUCUUCAGAACGACAUAAAUAGACAGAGUGAGAACGUCAAAUAUAUGUUAGAGCAGAAAUUCACGAUGAUAUUAGACGGAAUUCAUGAGCUUAAUAAAACAAGGAAAGAUCGUUUUAAAAUAAUAAAUGGGCUCCUGGAAGAAGCGUUGAAGCAGGCUGGCAGAUUGGACGUAGAUUACAAAUCGUACAUAACGUUUUAUUUCGAUACCAUUAGGAAUGCGGUUGAGGAAAUUCAUAGAAAUUUAAAAUCCAACACGUUGGCAAUGAGCAAUUUGGCAGCUUUUGCUCAUGAAGAGUUUGAUGCGAUACGCAAAGGUGUUCAAAAAAACGGAACAACUGAGACGAAUGAGGAAAGUAUAGAGAAUAAAUGGGAGGCGUUGCAGGCGCACAUUCGUAAGCUUGUUGACGGAAUAUACGUAGAGAGUGAACAAGCAAGCAAUCUCGGUAAUAUCGAAAAGAAAGUCAAGGAUUAUGCCAAAACGUUUGAAGGAGAAAGUUUCAAGGCAAAGGUUGAACAAUGGUUGGAAGACGUUUUCAAAUCCGGAGAACCAGUAUAUUCGUCGAUUGAUGCAUAUGCGCAUACUAACGUGACUAAAAGCUAUUUUCGUUCAAAUGGUCAAUUGAAGGCAACGCAAAAUGUGAUAAAACACAUCAGAGAUACUAUUAACGAAAGACUGCAAUUAGUUAUCACCGGCGUCACUAAAGUACAGAACACCGAAGGCUCCGAUAUCCACAAACGUGUUGCUAAUAUAAAAAAAUGUCUCCGUUCAUUUGUCGAUCAGAUUAAUACUCAUAUGAAUGCUACUGAGUUUCGAAAAUCUGAAGUCGUUAAAAAAGUGGUUGCAUUAAUUGAGAAAGAUUCGACCAUUGUGAAUACAGCAAAACAAGAUCAGCACGACAAGAGCCUUCUCACAUCAGCCAUUUACCGCAUCGCUCCACAACUGGUGGAGAAGGCCUCCAAAGCUACAACAGAACUGGUAUGGCUGUCCGUUGAUGACAGCAAAGCAACGGUAAACGCAAAUUGCGCUAUUGCAAAAGAAAUAGAUGAGGCCAUAUCUAAAGUGAAAGAUAUCGGUAAACAAUUCGUAGAAGGGGGCACCAAAGAUAAGUUUGGAAAAGCCCUCGAUGACGCACUUAUGACGGUUAAGCGACAGAUAGAGAUGCUUGGUAGAACAUUAGAUAAACAUACUGGUUCCAUUAAGACCACAGUAAAUACAAUUGAAACGGAAGUUUCUAAGAAGUUAGAAAUGCUGAACAAUGGCAAUGCAGAGAGCGACAGUAUUAAACAAAUGGGAGAUAAGGCUGCAGGAAAAAUAGAGGAGUUGUAUAAAGUAUUAUUCGACAAACUAAAUGGCAUUUUCGUUGCCGUCGACAGGACAAAUGAAACGUUCGAUAUUACUAUGAAAGCCUUUCGAACUUCAGUGGAAAACGCCUACCGUGAGUCCACGGAUGCUAUGCAAACCUUACGAGUCGAUCUCACCGAAUCCGCUGAACAAGCAUUCAACAAAGUCAGCGAUGAGAUGCAAAUACUUUUCGCUGAUAAUCACAGAGCUCAUUUGAAUGCACUAGGCGCACUAGUUAAUGAACCUAUUUCCGUCAUUAAUAAAAUCAUAAAUGACGAUUUGAACACCGGUGUUAAAGGUCUGCUGAAGCUGAUGCUCAAGGACGAUGGAGAUAUGUUGUUGAAGCUAAAAAAUCACACGGACCUGGUAACCUCAGAAAAACUUCCUAACUUGUCCUGGAGGUUCAAAGAUUAUGUUGACGCUAUUGCAAUGUAUGUUGAGUAUCAAGCAAAAACGCCGCACAUGCCUAAGGAGGACACCCAGCAAUCCGUACAUGUGAAAAAUAUUAAAGACAAAUUUGAUGACUUGCUGCAGCAUCUUUGUCUUCAUGAUAAGAAACGAAAUUGCGUAUUCGAUGACAAAUUUAGUAAGUUAUGUAAUCACCUUUCCUCCUCCCUCGACCCCCAAGCGCUGCCGGACGCAGGACGGCCCGUGCUCAAGGCGCUGCGGGAUGGGAUGCUGGGAUUCGUGGAGGAGUUGGAGAAGGGGUAUGUGAGUAGGUAUGAUGGAGGUGAAAGUAUUAAACAGUGGGUUUCGAAAGGUGAAAAAGAAGUUUUGACGCCUGAAGGAAAAAAUGGCGCCAAGGUGUUUUUGACGAUACUCGGUAUUUUGCUUAAUGAUCUGAUGUCAUUGAGUGAGACAUGUAAACAGGCACAAUUUAAACCAAUUCACUCAGCGUACAAUAAAUAUAACAGUAUUAUUGCCGAUUUCUUUAGCAGUCAUGGCUACAAGGUUCCCAAGUUGCGUGACUCCCAUGAGAGUGAGUUGAGUAAUAAGCAGGAGUGUACGGGAACAGACAUAUAUAGGAAGAUCAAUGACAAAAAGUUCAGCAUUUUCCAGAUUGCGCAUCUGCAGCAAUGGUUAACUGAGAAAAACAAAGAAUGGUACAUUGCUACUAGUGAUGUAACCAAAAUGAGUCUCCUCGACAUCCUCCAUUUCCUGUAUGACUGCCUUGAAAACUACUACAGCGUUUCCCACUUGCGCCAUAUCGAGAGACCGAAAUCGCCAUCGUCCGUGUACGAUAUGCUUCGCUGGUUGACUGGCCUUCCUCAUAAUACCGUGUUCGCAAAAGUAUCAGUUGGCGAUAUUGGUCAACUGUUUGAGAAGCCGGAGGAAGAAAAGAACGACGACACUGUCGGUAUCUCUGUGGUAGACGACGACGAACAGCUGCCUGCGUAUCCAGCUCCAGUUACAGCUGCAAACAUACGAGGUGCUCUUCAAAAUGUCUGCGUCGACGCCGAAGACGUGCUAAUAGGAAUUCUUGGUUAUGGCCACGCGGAAGGCAUCUAUGCCGUCGACUUCAAUACGAACCCAGACGGUUUCUCGUAUCCUGCAGCUCCAGGUGCGUGCUUCGAUAUGUUAGUAGAUAUACUGAAGAGAUUGUAUGACCAAUUGUUUUUCCUAUUCAUCCAGUGUCAGCGUACCUACGAAGCUAACAGUUGGCGUGAUUGUUGGUACGGUAGGGGAAUAGCCGGGUCAUCAUGGACCUGCAACGAGAAGCAAUGUGCCAACCAAAACUGUCCCCAAAUAGCUGACCAAAAGGCCGACCAAAAGCGUGACCAAAUCGCUAAGCAAACGUGUGACCAGCACCCCAACUGUGGCCUUAAGUCACCGUUGCAAUCAUUCCUAGAAGAUGGUUUGCAAGGUUUCCUCCCUCACUCCUUCACCAAACCGGGAUGCAAGCUAGAAUGCACCGUGUCCAAUCACCGCGGAUUACCGUGCAAAACACCGAUGGGCUUUAAAGACAUAAGCGUUACCGCCUCGCAUACACGUAAAGGUGAACACCUCAUGCGUGCUCUUGAAGGGUUUUGUGGAGAGUCCGACAGUCCACUUAACAAGCUUUGUGGCGACUUAGCAUGUCUUUUGCAGCAGCCUCCGCAAAAUCUCGGUGACAUGUUUGCGUUCUAUUUCUGCUUCGUUAAUGGCUGGGGAAAGAAUGCUCCAUUGCACAAAAGUAACGCAUUUAUUGACGCUGUUAGGAAAGCUAAUUUCGGGGAUUACAGUAAAACGUUGGAGAUCGCUCCAUUGUUCGAGAACAGCCAUCAUAUGCGGAAUCAGGAAUCUACCCAUACUAAAGGUGAUUUAUAUUGUCUCUACAGUUGUGAUUAUGAAGGGGAGGUACAAAUCACGUGCGGUCGCUAUAUGGCACCGAUUGGCUUGAAGACGUGGCAUGUCUUCUCAAGCCAAAAUGCAGACAAAUAUCUAUCUUGGAUUAUAUAUUUAACGGAAACGUUUUACAGUUAUCUUGAGAACCUAUACAAGGAAUGUUGUGAGAAGUGCAACAAGAAGGGAACCAGGUGCCACGACACUAGAUGUGUGAAGAAUUGUCAUGUCAAGUCCUAUUAUGAAGCACAAGAAUCAGCAACGGAAUCCGCAAAAACUGCAAAACCAGUUGCACUGUCUACCCAAAAACAACAUGACCAACUCUGCAAAACUAUAGCUAGAUGCCCUUUCAGUCGACCAACAUUGUAUAAGUACGGGUUCGUAUUAAAUAGCUUGACGAACCUGAGCGGUGCGGAGUAUAUUGAAACAAAGCGUACUUGUGGAGACUUAUGCAAAACAUUAGAGAGAGUGCUCAACAAGAAAGAAUCAGCUGAAGCACCGCUUGCAACCUUGAUAUACAGAACAAUUCCAAAUUUCUUAUGGGAAAUACGUAAACCAUUCUCCUACCUUGUCCUAGCCCUCUGGCUCCUCUCUCUCCUGUACCUCCUCCACAUCAUGGUCAUCCGCCUAGACCUGCUCCACAUCAAAUCGCAUCUACAUAGUCCCUCAUCGCAUCGUAUUUCUGCUCAAUCACUACUUGCUGCUGCACGUGUUAACAAACUGGGCAGGGUGUUUUACCUGCAACCGUAA